GGUAUCGGACUGCCUUUUUAUCUGUGACAAAAGCUUAAUAUAAAAAAAAAGUGCAAUAUCAAUAAUGGGUAUCAGAAUUUGUUCACAUCCAAUCGCCAUGUUUACAAAGUAUUAGGCAAAGUGAAAGUGUUCAACCAAAUUUAUCAAAGCCGAUAAACUUUCUUUGGCAGAUUAAACUAUUGGCAAGGCUGCCAUAGUAGGAUUCUACUCAUUCACAAAUUAAUCAAUAAGCAGGCUAACAUAAUGUACAUUGGUUUUGUAAUGUUCACUCUAAUGGAUUAACUGAAUGGAUCAAAUCAUUUGUAAAUGUUGUAAAUAAUUGAAAGAAUUGAAAACAAUAGUCAUGAAGUUGUUAGCAUAAUGUUUCACCUGAAGUAUCCACAGAGUCGUGGAUUUUGUACUUGGAAUGAACUUGGGUGUCUCUCCAGGGCGGUAGGGUUUCCAGUUGGUUUGUUCAGAGAGCAUGUCAGCUAUGAGAUUCACACAGACGAAAAUGGAAUGUCUCUCCAGGAGGUGUACAAGAUGUUGGACUACAAGCUGCUAUAUGAUGCCCUCCACUUCACCCAGAACAUGCACACUGCUGAGUGGAAUAUGUGUGUCAUACGGCGCGCAGCCACAAUCCUGGACCAUCAUGCUCUCACGUACACUGACCUCUACAAUAUACGUCUGGGAUACGAGGCAUAUGAAGCCCCCGACAUGAAAGGGAUGGUCAUUGAUCAGCACAAGAUGAUGCGGGCACUGAAGAUGUGUAACUUGAUGAUUUCUCCACUGAAGUUGAUGCAUAGAAUCAAGCACAGUCGGGAUCGGUUUGAUGAACCUGGUCGUGUUCAGCUGUACGAAUUUAUAGACCUCAUGCUUUGGGCAGAAGUGUAUCAGAGUUAUGUUCCGGAGAAGGGCUAUGCGCUGUUUGAAAUGGAGAAUGAACUAUUCAAGUUGGUAGACUUUGAUAAGCUUCUUGCCCACCAUGAUGAGAAGCAAGCCAGUCGUCUGGAUGCUCGCUAUCUAAAAGAGGAAUGGGAGUUCCCAGACACCAAGGUCUCAAAGACGUUCAAGUUCAAGGACCUUACAGUGGUCAGUGGGGACUCCAGAGUGGAAGUUACUAGUCAUCAAAAAAAGACUUACAAAGGUUUACGGACAGAGGUCUCUAGAUCACAAAAGAUGGUUCACUGUAUAAAAGGCGGCUUCAUUAGAGAGCGUCCCGUCACUGCACCUGAUUUGAGGCGUUACGAUCUACAAGCACUGGAAGAGUACAAGCGCAAGCAGUCAGCACAAGCUCAGAGGGCCAUCUACAACCGCUUACACGACCUCAUACAAAUGGUGUAUGACAAGGAUAAAGGUGGGGAUGUCCAGCCGGUGGAUUUCUCUGACCGACCUGAGAUACCGGAGACCAAGCGAUGUCAGACAGCUGCAGUUGUCUCCCCUGAGGAGCUGGAUGAGGCUCGGAGGCACCUUGAAUGUCUGCUGUUUGAUAUAGAAACAGAGGUUGGUCGACACGAGAUCACGCGUGAUUCUGACAUGGAGUCAUUCAUUCCAAAAUACAAGGAGAAGAGGGAUAUGGAGGUAGAAAGGAAAUUCCAUGCCUGGCGCAAUACCCCAGCUACCCAGUAUCACCGACGUCAUCGCAAGGAUCCACGGGACAAUGCGAAUGACCUUGCAUACCCUGUACCCAGAAUACCUCCAUCUCAUGCCAAGAAAUGUGAUGCCAGAGAAAGUCAGCUAAGGCUACAGAGUUUGUUCAGAGGCUGGUAUGACAUUCGUUCUAAGAAGGGGUCACACUACAUUUUACUGUCUCCAUUUUUAGCUGAUUCUCCAAAAGGGCAGCUUUUAAAGAAAAUGACCAAAAUGUCCAAUGCUCAAAUACGAAAUGUACAUGGUAACAUUUUAUAUAGAAAAACUAAAGGACGGGAAGUAGACAGGCGACCAGUCACUGCACCGGCAGUUGUUUCUAUGAAAGACUACCAGUCUAGUAUAUCCAAGGGAAGUCAUUCUGAACAUGUAACGAUAGGGGAGGUAACUGAAGUAAUAAUGCCUAAAGAAAAUCAAGAAGAAUGUGAAGUUGAGGAGAAUGAAAGUACAAAAGAAAAACAUAUGACAGAAAAGGGUGAAGUAAGUCCUGAUUCAGGUAUUCAAACAAUGACUGAGUCAUGUGAAACCAUCGAUUCUUCAGUAAGUGAAAAACUAAAACUUCUGUUGUUAAUUAAUGAAAGUGCUAAUGAUUUAAGAGACAAAAAACCAAGAGCAACAUCAGCAUAUGUUCAUAGACAUGAAAAGAUGUUAAGUAAUCCAGACACUAUACAAGGAUUCCAUGCAGUAGAUGACAAGCCCAGGUCAAUAUCAGCCCCUGGUGACAGAAGCAUGGUCGAAGACAUAGCACCAAUCCCAUACAUGGAUCACAGUAAGGCAAGAACUGUAAAAGUGGGCAGCAUAGGGCAUAUUUCCUUGCUAGAAAAUAUCUCAGAGGCUCGCUUCUGGGAGGCUCUGGUGGAAGAGAAUGGAGACAUCACUAACAAUAGAACAAGUGGGACAGAUGAGAAACAAAUACAUACAGAGGGUGAAAAAUCAAGGGACAAUGAAAAGAUUGAGGAAUCACAGAGGUCCCCAAGUGGUAAGAAUUUAAGAAUAAAUGAAAAUGGAGCUACUAGUCCAAAUAAGAAAAGCAGAGCCAAGCAAUACCCUGAGGAUGUUAAUGGAAAUGGAAACUUAAACAUUCUUUUAGAGAUUGAAGAAAAAAAAAGGAUCAAGGAACUCAGAAACAUGAAGAAACAUUUUUUCCAUAAUCCGAAUUUGUAUUCAAAGACUCCAACAACCCUAAACCGCAGACAUACUGCCAAUGAAUCUACCUCUCAGUCUUCAGAAUUGAAGGACCGGUCCCAUCUGAAGCCUUCACACAGCUGUCCAUUUCAACAUUCAAAACAAACCCAGUCAAACAGAACACCAAAAUCUUCACAAGGAAAAUACGCUGGGCUUGUUAAACGCUUAGGAGAUGACAUGACGCCAUUCAUGAAAAAACUGAUGUUAAAAUCUUCAUAAGGAUUGUCUUGUAAAAAUACUUUUAAUAUUAUUGCAGAAGUACUAGUAUUAUGUUACUUUUGUAACUGACAUCUAAUAAAUCUACCGAAAUUUAUAAAUUGUUUGCUUGAACAGAACUAUAAAAAAUAUGAGGUCAUGGAGCUGUGAUAUUUAUUUUACUAAAUAACUUCUCAUGUAAUGCAGACUAUAGUUGCAGUGUCUCACUUGGCAUACCAUGAUUUUUGUAAUAGUUCAUGAAUAAAGGGCUAUAUACUACU